AUGGGAGUGUCUCCCGCUACAGCAGAGGGCAAAAAAGCAGCAAUUCUCACCAACGCAGCAAAUGGCCAGAAAGUCAGAAAAGUCCUGAGGACAGAUAGUUACUGGAAUAUAGCCCUUGAGAAGUCAAGUGACAGAAUCCAGAACAGGCAGAGGCAGAGACUUGAAAGUACUUGGGAGAUGCAAGCCAAAAUAGAGGAAGACAGUAGAACUGAGCGCUUAGAGAAGAUUGAGAGGAACUGGUGGAUGGAAGAGCAGAAGGCACAUAAGGACUUAUUCAUCCCAGGAAAUAAGGAACAUUCAGCUACAGAGAGACAGCAUUACAAUAAGUCUAUUGGUGCAACCCUGGCUCUUCUGCAAUGUGCUAUAGAGACAGAAGGUGAUAAAUAUAACCAAGAAUUUGGAAUGAGGAUAGAAAGGAGCCAAUUUGGGAAAUGGGACAUUUCUCUACAAGGUGAACGAAACUGGUACUUGACAGUUGAAGAAACUGAAAUACAACAGAUUGUAUUUCUUACACAGGACAAAGUACUAAUUAUGGGGAUGGCCAUAAAAUCAGAUGGUGACCUAUUGGAAUCAAUAAGAAUAUUAAAGCAAAACUAGAAAGUGAUCCAAAUUCAAAAGGCCCAAGUGCAGAAUCUGAUUGAGAUGAAACCCAUGUUCAUAAAUCUCUGAAAUAAAGAAACAAUUAUUUCUUGCAUGAAAUUAGGCAACUUGGAAGACAACAAAGUUGGUAAUACUAGCACAAGAAUGAAGAAAAAAAUGCCAAUUCAAUUGGAUUCUGUUUCUGUACCACUGCUUGACUCCCAUACUUCAACUCAAUGCAGCAGGGCAGGAAUAUUACCCCACAGAGUUGAAGUUCAGAUUUGGAACAGCUGGAAGCCUUUCACAGAAUAUCGGCCUUGUAGAUGUGUUGAUUUCCUAACUGUUUAGGUAGGCCCCUGGUGUAACUGUCUCCAUUGCAGUCAGCACCCACAACUCAAGAAUUCUUGUACAGAUAUGGAUCUCCAACACUCAUGGCGCAGCAGUAGUUUUGGAAACUUUGAUCGUUUUCGGAAUAAUUCUGUCUCGAAAUCAGAUAAGUCGACUGAGGUUAGUGAGGAAGUAAAAAAUGAAAGUGAAGAACAAAACAAAACUUCAAAUAAUGCAUGUUCGGGUAAAAAAAUGAGAGCUAUCUCUUGGACAAUGAAGAAAAAAGUGGCUAAAAAGUACAUCAAAGCUCUUUCUGAGGAAAAGGAUGAAGAAGAUGGAGAGAGUACCCUCACCUAUCGUAAUAGUGACCCCCUGAUUGGGAUUCAUACAGAGAAGACCUCCCUAGAAGCCAGUGACUCCAUGGAUAGUCUCAAUAGUGGGAAGAGCUCAUCAAGUGGAAUAACAAGCUGUUCAGAUGGUACAAGCAACAGGGACAGCUUUCGACUUGAUGACAAUGGUGUCUACUCUGGACCAUUCCAUGGCCGGGCCAGAGUGCAUACUGAUUUCACACCAAGCCCCUAUGACACUGACUCCCUCAAAAUUAAGAAAGGAGACAUCAUAGAUAUUAUCUGCAAAACACCAAUGGGAAUUUGGACAGGAUUGUUGAAUAAUAAGGUGGGAAACUUCAAAUUUAUCUAUGUGGAUGUCAUCUCAGAACAGGAAGAGACCCCCAGGAAAAUAAAGACACAGAGAAGGAGUGGCAUGGGGAAGCCCAAGACUCUGCAGGAACUCUUAGAGACGAUUCAACUUCAGGAAUAUACCUCAACACUUUUGCUUAAUGGCUAUGAGACCCUGGAAGAUCUAAAGGACAUAAAAGAGAGUCAUCUCAUUGAAUUAGACAUUAAUAAUCCAGAAGACAGGAUGAGGUUACUAUCAGCUGCUGAAAAUCUCCUUGAUGAAGAAACUAUUCAAGAAGAAGAAAAUGAGUCUGGGCCCUUAUCCUUAAGUCCAGGAACCUCCUUAAAUAAGUCACAGUUAGAUGACUGCCCAAGGGACUCUGGUUGCUAUAUCUCAUCAGAAAAUUCAGAUAAUGGCAAAGAAGAUCUGGAGUCUGGAAAUCUGUCAGACAUGGUACAGCAGAUUACUAUCACAGAGCCAAGUGACUGA